AUGGAACUGAAUAAAGGAGAAUUUAUUGUUUUGGUUAUUGGGUUUGUUCUUCUUCAACUGUGUUUGCUGGGAUCAGCCAAUGUCGUCUUCCAGGUUCAGCAUAAAUUUGCUGGCAAAGAGAAGCCUUUAACUGAGUUCAAAGCUCAUGAUUCCCAACGUCAUCGGAGGAUUCUCUCAGCCGUCCACCUCCCCAUAGGUGGCGACAGUAACCCUACCUCAGCAGCCCUUUAUUUUUCUAAGAUACGGAUAGGGACUCCCGGAAAGGACUAUAUGGUGCAGGUUGAUACAGGGAGUGACCUUCUAUGGGUAAAUGGUGCUGGAUGUCAAAAAUGUCCUAGGAAAAGUGACCAUGGAGCAUCACGUCCAUUGUAUGAUCCAAAGGCUUCCACAACUGCAAAAAUUGUUAGUUGUGAUCAAGGAAUUUGUAGUUCCAUACUGAAGGGUGCCACUGGUAACUGUAAGGUCGGAACCCGCUGUUCUUAUUCUGUUAAUUAUGGUGAUGGAAGCUCAGCGACAGGAUAUUUUGUGAGAGAUAUUGUACAACUUGAUCGAGUUUCUGGAGACCUUCAAACAACAUCUAUGAAUGGGAGUAUAGCAUUCGGGUAUGGAUCUCAACAAUCUGGAGAGUUGGGUUCAUCAGAACAACCACUAGACGGAAUGCUUGGGUUUGGGCAGGCAGAUUCUUCUAUGCUUUCACAGCUUGCAUCUGCCAAAAAGGUUAAAAAGAUUUUUUCACAUUGCCUGGAUGGCUCUAAAGGAGGCGGCAUAUUUACUAUCGGAGAAGUGGUAUAUCCGAAAGUCAAGACAACAUCAAUGAGUCACACGGAGCAUUAUAAUGUUGAAUUAAAGGAAAUUCAGGUAGGUGCUGAUGUUUUACAACUUCCAAAAGAUUUGUUUGGCGUUGGAACCAAUCAAGGAACAAUUAUUGACAGUGGUACAACCUUAGCUUAUUUGCCCGAUUUGGCUUACAAGCAAUUGAUCAAGAAGGAUCAAGAAUGGUGUAUCGGUUUUCAAGACAGCAAUUUGCAAACGAAGGAUGGGAAAGAGAUAACUUUGUUAGGAGAUGUUGUAUUGACUGAUAAGUUGGUAACAUACGAUGUGGAAAAGAAGACCAUUGGAUGGAUUGAGCAUAAGUGCUCUUCAACCAUUAAAGUGAAAGAUGAGGAAUCCAGGAAAGUGUAUACUGUGCGAGGCGAUAAACUUUCUCAUUCAAGUCGUGUCCAUACCUCAAGUGGAAUUCAUAUGGCUUGCUUCUUUUUCGUCAUGUCAAUUACCUUCAUUAACCCAAGGUUGAAUUAG